GGUUUGUUUUUGCUUUUAGCAAUUCUGGAGGAUUUCUGGAAUUUCAUGAGAAAUGUUUUGAGCCACACACAAGGAACUCUAAGAGACAGAAUGGGACUAUGUGAAAGCAGAAACCUGAGAAGCAGGAAAGAAAGGAAUAAUUCUCUAUAUAGACACAAACCUCAGACAGCCAAGAAAAGGAAAGUUCCACCACCUGCACCACCGGGCAAGAAUUUAUCCAUCACUUCUGCUGACCAACUUGGUAAAGGGAAGAAAUAUGUAAUAGCACAAUAUGAUUUCGUCUCUAUGAGUGAUCGAGAUCUGCCUUUGACUGUAGGAGAGAAGUUUGAAGUCUUCUGCAGUGAAGGGGAGUGGUGGGUAGCAAAAUCCCUUACUACUGGAAAGCAGGGCUACAUUCCUAGCAAUUUCGUUGUCUACAUCAACAGCCUGGAAGAAGAAGAAUGGUUUUUUAAAGGCCUUAACAGAAAAGAUGCUGAACGUUUAUUAAUGAUGCCUGGCAACAAUAUAGGCUCAUUUUUGAUAAGGGAAAGCGAAAGUGUUGCAGGUGCAUUUUCACUUUCUGUUAGAGACAUCAUCUGUCAAGGAGAUAUUGUUAAGCAUUAUAAAAUCUUCACUAUGGACCAAGGUGGAUACUACAUCUGCCCCUGGAUUACAUUUUCUUCUUUGCAAAAGCUUGUCAAGCAUUAUUCCGAUAAUGAUAAUGGUUUGUGUCAGAGGCUAAGAUAUCCAUGCAAGUCUCUGACUCCAGAAAUACCCUGGGCUGCUGAUGAAUGGGAAAUCCCACGAGACACCAUAAAACUCAUCAAGAAACUGGGAGCAGGCCAGUUUGGUGAGGUGUGGAUGGGUUAUUACAAGAACAAUGUGAAGGUUGCAGUCAAGACGUUAAAAGAAGGAAGCAUGGCCCCCGAUGCCUUUUUGGCUGAAGCCAACUUGAUGAAGAGACUUCAGCAUAACAAGUUGGUUCGAUUGCAUGCUGUGGUGACCCAGCAGCCAAUUUAUAUUGUAACAGAAUAUAUGGCCAACGGAAGCCUGCUUGAUUUCUUGAGCACCAAUCAAGGGAAGAAUCUGUCUCUUGCAAAACUGAUAGAUUUCUCCGCUCAGAUUGCUGAAGGGAUGGCAUAUAUUGAAAGAAUGAACUUCAUCCACAGAGACCUCAGGGCAGCCAACAUUCUGGUCUCAGACUCCCUUUGUUGCAAAGUUGCUGAUUUUGGUCUGGCUAGACUCAUAGAGAAUGAAUACCUUGCACAGGAAGGUGCCAAAUUUCCUAUCAAAUGGACAGCACCAGAAGCAAUUAACUAUGGACUUUUCACAAUCAAAUCUGAUGUCUGGUCCUUUGGAAUUCUUCUCACUGAAAUUGUUACCUACGGGCAGACUCCCUAUCCAGAUAUGAUGAAUCAUGAUGUUAUCAUGCAUAUAGAACAGGGCUACCGGAUACCUUGUCCAGAAUCGUGCCCCUCUAAUCUCUACGCAAUUAUGUUAAAAUGUUGGAAGGACAACCCAGAAGAACGACCGACAUUUGAAUACCUUCAGUCUACCCUUGAAGACUUUUAUACAACCACAGAAAAACAGUAUGAAUCAGAACCCAAAAAAUCCUGACCUUUGUUCAUCAAAGCUAUAGUUUUUUUAAAUCAUAGCAUGGAAUAAUUGGGGAGAAUUUCUUCUUAGCUACACUUUGCAAAGUUGUUCCCAAUCAUAGAAGUAAAGACAUAUCCAUCUCUGAAGCUCUAUUUACUGCAUGUCCUUGCCUGGCUUUGGUUUCAUCACCCAAUGAAAAAUAAUGUAAACCAUCAAGACUGGAUUUGGAGAAGAAAGAACAUGUGACAAAAGUAGGGUCUCAUUCUUUCACUCAUGCUUCCCGAAUGCAUGUCCACGUCAAUUGCUCUGAAAUGGUACCUUCUGCACUAUGAGAAAGAAUACAAAGUAUGGAGUAAGUUCAGUUCAGUUAAAAUCAAUGUUUCCAUUCAGAUUGCUUCUGGAAUCAGAUGUGACCAUUAAAAUCACUCUGGUAAAUCAAACUUACUCACUUCAGUGUUGUGGCUCACUUCAUUGAAUGCAUGAAGUAGCUAAACAGAAUAGUCUCUGAUGAGAUGGAUAGUACAUAAAUGAGAGGGGGGAAAGGGAGAGGGAGAGAGAGAUGUACAAUUUAAAUUGGGAUGGCAUCUAGGACAACUCACAGCAGCCAAUUCACCACAGCCAACUUGCCACAGCCAAAUUGCCAUGGGAUACCUCAACGUGGAAUUAGUUCCUUUUAUUAGUCAUCAAAGCAUUACAAAAGCUGGUAGUCUUUACUUUACUUUACUUUUACUUUACUUUUAUUAGACUUCUAUACCGCCCUUCUCCCGAGGACUCAGGGUGGUGUACAGCCAUAUUAAAACACAUAAAAUUUACAAAAUUUAAAAACCCUUAAAAUCAAAUAUACCAAAAUUUGGCCCACAAAUUAAAAACUAACAUGCACCCAUUAAAAUUCAUAUUCAUGUUAGGCUAGCCCGGCUUGUUGAAACAAGAGGGUCUUCAGGGCACGGUGAAAGGUGCGCAGGUCGGGAAUCAUACACACAUCUAGGGGCAGCUGAUUCCAGAGGGCUGGUGCCCCCACAGAGAAGGCUCUCCCCUUGGGCAUCGCCAGUCGACAUUGUUUGGCUGACGGCACUCUGAGGAGCCCCUCUCUGUGGGAGCAAAUUGGCUGGUGGGAGGCUGUCGAUGGCAGAAGGCAGUCUCGUAUAUAUCCUGGUCCUAAGCCAUGGAGCGCUUUAAAGGUGGUAACCAACACCUUGAAUCGCACCUGGAAGAAAUGACUUCCUUUGAUACAAGAGAUAAAGUAAUUUUGACGAAAACGUGGUCAAUAAAAAUAAAAGGAACUAAGUGAAUCCUGUGGUGAGUUGUCCCGCAGCAGCUUGGCCAUGGCGAAUUGGCUUCAGUGAGUUGGCCAUGGUGAAUUGUUUCAUUCCAUAAGUGGGUCUAAGCAACUACAUCUAAGUACAGUGAGAUUUAUUCUUCUUUCAUUUGUUUUGUUGGAUUUUAUUCAAAUUGUUAUUUUGCUAUGUGAUUUUCACUGUUAUAUGCCAUUGAAGGUUCAAAUGCUUAUGGAAUAUAAGUGUAACAUGGUAUGGAAACCCAUUUAUCUGUGACUGUGAUGCCUUGGAGAAUGAAUGGAAAGCUCUUUUUUCCUCUUCUUCUUGUCCUCCAUCUAUGGAUGCCAACUAUUUCAGGGAAGAGAGUUCAGGAAUGAAGAAUAGAUAAUUGUUUCUUAUUAAGUCAGAACUUUGAUUCAUCUAAUCUACACUACAUGCUGGCCAAUUUUCUUUUGUGGGGGAGUGUCAGAGAGAAAUGGACAUUGGUUGCUAGGAUCUGGAAAUAUUAAAUGUGAUAGCAUCUGGAAAUGUUAAAAAUCCUGACUUCUGGUGAGAAUAUGGUAAGCUGAAGACAUGUCUGAAAAAACAUUAUGGAUGACAUAAUGGCUGAAAUCUGUGGCCAGAUACAGACAGACAAAAUCUCUCUGGAAAAUAGAGACAUUGUGAGAUCGCUCACAUGAACUCCAGAAAGGUGUUCCUCCUAAGUAAACUGCAGGAACCGACAUUUUUGCAGUCAGCUUGUGCGUCACGUGGCUAGGAGUUGAGGGAUUACAUCAAAGCUCAUAGUCAUAAUGUAGCCUUUAAGGAUGCAAAAUUCACUCCUUUCUCAUUUCUUAAUCACUUUGGAAUUAAUUUUUAUUGCUUUUUAAAAUUAAAAAUAUAAGGACAUUUAUGGACUUCAUUGGCUGAGUUUCCUUCAAUCCAGUAUGAAAUAACUUAUAAUGAUAUAUUUAAGGAUGUAUUUGUUUUUAGAAUUAACAGCAAAUAGGUGAUUAGAGUGUUGAUUUUCAAAAGUUAUAAUGGACCAAGAGUUCAGAAUGAUUUAAUAAAAUUUAGGAAAAUGA